AUGGAAUUCAAGAACCAGACCAUCAUUACAGAGUUUAUUCUGGUUGGCCUAACCAGUUCCCCUGAACUACAGACACUUCUCUUUGUGGUUUUCACAGUUGCUUAUGCAGUGGCUGUAGCUGGCAAUUUCUUCCUCAUCUUCACCAUAUGCACUUGCAGAAAACUUCACACUCCCAUGUACUUCCUGCUCAUCAAUUUGUCCAUCAUUAAUGUGUUCUCUAUCUCAGUCACAACUCCCAAACUCAUCCAAACUCUUCUGACCCAGCGGAAGACCAUCUCAUUUUAUGGCUGCAUCACUCAGGUGUAUCUCAUAUUGUGGACUUUAGUAACAGAAAUUCUUCUUCUUACAUUUAUGGCUUUUGAUCGCUAUGUUGCUAUCUGCCACCCCUUGCAGUACACAAUCAUCAUGAAGAAAGAAGUGUGCAUUUUAAUAAUAAUUGGAGUGUGGGUUACUGGGAUGGUGAAUUCUGCAGUUCAUACCAGACUUCUCUCACAGCUGUCUUUUUGCAGCUCCAAUGUCAUCAACCAUUUUUUUUGUGACUGGCCCCCAAUUAUAAAUCUCUCCUGUUCAGACACCAGCCUUAAUGAGACUAUGGCUUUUGUGGCUGAUCUGAUCUUUGGGAUUUGUAGCUGUGGGCUGACUCUAACAUCAUAUUGGUUUAUCAUGAGAGCUAUCUUUCAAAUCCGUUCCACUGAAGGGAAGAAGAAAGCUUUCUCGACUUGUUCCUCACAUCUCAUUGUUGUGUGUUUUUAUUUCUCUGCUGUGAUCUACACAUAUAUUAGGCCCAGUUCAGCCUUCACUCUAAACAAAGACAAAAUGGUUUCUCUUCUUUAUACAGUGGUCCCCCCAGUUGUGAAUCCAUUCAUAUAUUCUUUGAGAAACAAGGAAGUUAAAGAGGCACUCAAGAAACUUACUUUGAAAGGUAGAGUUCCUUAA